CCCUGUUUAUAGUUAGUUGUGCGAGUACAUAACCCAGCUGUGGUGCACACACACACACACACACACACACACUCUCACAUCAGGAUGGACACAGCCAGCGAGCAGGAACGGCCCAAAUGGGACAAUAAGGUCCAGUAUCUGCUGACGUGCAUCGGAUUCGCCGUGGGACUCGGGAACGUCUGGAGAUUCCCGUACCUCUGCCAGAUCUACGGAGGAGGUGCGUUCCUGAUCCCGUACCUGAUCGCACUGGUCUUCGAGGGGCUACCUCUGCUGUAUCUGGAGCUGGCCAUCGGUCAGAGUCUGAGGAAGGGCAGCAUCGGCGUCUGGCACUCCAUCUCUCCUCUGCUGGGUGGAGUCGGCGUGGCGUCGAUGAUCAUCUCGUUGCUGGUGGGUUUGUUUUAUAACACCAUCCUGGCCUGGGUUCUCUGGUACUUCUUCCACUCGUUUCAGGAGCCACUGCCCUGGAGUCAAUGCCCCAUCAGCGAGAACCGCACCGGUUAUGUGCAGGAGUGUCUGGCCAGCACACCGGUCAACUACUUCUGGUACAGACAGACACUGAACAUCACGCCGGACAUCGAGCAGAGCGGCUCGCUGCAGUGGAGGCUCGUCGUGUGUCUGGCCUCGGCCUGGAGCAUCGUCUACAUCUGCUUCAUACGGGGCAUCGAGACCAUCGGCAAGGCCGUGUAUGUGACGGCCACAUUUCCAUAUCUGGUGUUGACCAUCUUCCUGGUGAGGGCCCUUACUCUGCCCGGGGCCACAGACGGGCUUCGGUACCUCUUCACUCCAGACUGGGCGCUGCUGAUGGAUCCUCAGGUUUGGCUGGACGCUGCGACCCAGAUCUUCUUCUCUCUGUCUCUGGCGUUCGGGGGACUCAUCGCCUUCUCCAGCUACAACCCCAAAAAGAAUGACUGUGAACGGGACACUCUGGUUGUUGGGAUCAUUAACAGCGCCACGUCUCUCUACGCUUCCAUUCCCAUCUUCGCCAUCCUGGGCUUCAAAGCCACCAGCAACUUCAACUCCUGCAUUGACAGUAACAUCCUGGAUCUGACCAACGCUUUCGACGUCACCGAAGGAAACAUCACGAUGGAGAACUACGAGAGCUGGUUAACAUAUCUGAACUCCACCGAUCCGGACAAGGUGUCCAGUCUGAACCUCAAACACUGCGAGCUCCAGAGCUUUCUGGACCAGAGUGCUUCAGGAACGGGGCUGGCGUUCAUCGUGUUCACGGAGGCUGUGAUCGAGAUGCCGGGGUCACAGGUGUGGGCCGUGCUCUUCUUCGUCAUGCUCUUCAGUCUGGGUCUGUCCUCCAUGUUCGGGAAUCUGGAGGGAGUCCUGACGCCGCUGCUGGACCUGCAUCUGGUGCCCAGCUGGAUGCCCAAAGAGCUCUUCACAGGUCUGAUCUGUGUGUUCAACUUCCUGGUGGCCCUGAUCUUCACGCUGGGAUCUGGCAACUACUGGCUGGAGAUCUUCAACAGUUAUGUGGGCUCCAUCCCUCUCCUCGUCAUCGCCUUCUGUGAGAUCAUCGGCGUCGUCUUCUUCUACGGGAUGAAGCGGUUCAGUGAUGAUAUCGAGAGCAUGACGGGCCGCCGGCCGAACCUGUUCUGGCGCGUGUGCUGGAUGGGCAUCAGUCCCAUCAUGCUCCUGGUGGUUCUGGUGGCGUACAUCGUGGUCCAGGUCCAGAAACACCCCACAUAUCCUGCCUGGAACCCAGAAUACGAAAAGUUCCCGGAGUCGGAGGUGAAGCCGUACUCGGACUGGGUGUUUGCCAUCUGUGUGCUGCUGAGCACCGCUCCGGUUGUCUCCAUCCCCAUCGUAGCUGUUUACAGACUGAUCCGACGGCAAACACGGCCACAGACCGGCAGCAGUCUCCCAAACCCCUACGACAACCAGGCCUUCAGCACCGAGAGCUUCAAAGCGCUCUAGAGACACUUCCCAUCAUUCCCUGCAGCACCAUCCCUAACCCUUCCGGAAGAAGGAUCUGAACUCUUAAACUUUUACUAAAACUUUACAUACUUUUUAUUACUAAAAAUGUUUUUUGUUGUUGUUCUUAAACUAGGAGGAUAAAAAGCAAAAAAAUAAAAAAUAAAAAAUAAUAAUAAUAAUGACCAUUUAAAACGAACAUCUUCAGAAAGAAUCUGAACUCUGAAAAUUAUUAUGACUUUACUGCAUCUUUACAUUAUUUAAAUUAAGAAAAACAAAAAAUUCAUUGAAAUUUUAUUUUUUGUUACUAAAAUAGCUGAUAGCAGAUGUUUUUCCUCUUUCAAUUAACUUAUUGUUUUAUUUCUAAAGAUUAUUUG